GUAAAAAUGCUUGAUGACACAUACGCUGAAAUUUGCUUUAAUUAUAAAAGAUAAAAAUAGACUAAAACUCCUAAUAAGCAAGCUACUGCUUUUAAAUCAAAAUAGGAUGUGAAAGUGUUUAUAGAUCAAAUUCAAGCAUAAGUAAAAUUACCACCAAUAGAACAUGAAUUCUAUUUAAAUUAAUUUCGCUCUCCUAGUUUUUCUAAAGAAUAGCUAUAUUCAUGUUCCAAAAGUGUUGUAGUAAAAAAGUAAACAAAAAACUUCAGACUAAAUAAUCUUAUAUCUGAUAUCUCUAUGUUAGAAGAUGGAGUUCUUUAAACUUUAUAAUAAAUUAAAGAUUCUUUUUCAAAAGAGAAAAAUAGGAUAUAAGAAUAAGAAUCAAAGUUUGCAUUGUUGUUGGACAAUUUAGAAUAAAAAAAUCAUAUAACAAAUACGAAUUGGAAAACCUUAAUUAAACAUCACUUUAAAAAUAUUAAUCAAUACAUAGAUUUUGCUACUAAAGAUAUUAAAGAGGAGAGGCAUUUUGUUUAUUCUCAUUAAAUUUCAGCUAGAAAUCACUAUAUGUUUGUUGAUAACGAAAUCAGAAGAAAUUUUAUUAGAAAAAGAUAAACAAGAAUAUGA